AUGUAAAGUGUGUUGUCUUGCUGUUCUCUGCGUGUGUGUAAUAUUUUGAUGACAAGCAUAUCUUCUGCGUACUAUUCUUAGUGCGUUUAAAAUGGCCCCCAAGGAAAAGCGUGGUGGUCUGCUGAGUGGCAUGAGUGGGAAAAAUUUUUGGAAAACUAUUGACAAAAUGAAAAAGAAUUUUGCCACCAGAGAAUUUUUUAUGUCCCUAGUGUUUGACCCGUGUAGAUUAUCUAUUGUUGCGUGUGUCUUGCUUAUUAUAGAAAUAAUAGUAAAUGUGGUCGUGAUUCAACGUGUCAAAUAUACAGAGCUCGAUUGGGUAGCCUACAUGCAAGAAGUGGAAGGUGUUAUAAAUGGAACCUUAGAUUACUCGCAUCUGAAAGGCGAUACCGGUCCGUUAGUGUAUCCAGCAGGUUUUGUUUAUGUUUUUACCGGCUUGUACUACCUCACAGAUCGAGGCCAGAACAUUCGAUUAGCUCAGUACAUAUUUGCUGGUUUAUACAUAAUAUUUCUCGCCCUAGUGUUUCGGAUUUAUGUAAAGAGUAGGAAAGUUCCUCCGUAUGCCCUUGUAUUAGCUUGUUGCGGUUCUUAUCGGAUUCACUCAAUAUUCAUUCUUAGACUUUUCAAUGAUCCUGUUGCAAUGCUCUUUCUGUACGCUGCCAUAAAUCUCUUUUUAGAUGGUUUAUGGACGUGGGGUAGCGUUUUCUUUAGUUUCGCAGUCUCCAUCAAAAUGAAUAUUCUCCUCUUUUCUCCGGCAUUGCUGUUAGUUUAUUUGACAUCCUUAGGGCUCACUGGAACUCUGAAACAAUUGUCUGUCUGUGCUGCAGUUCAGUUGGUCUUGGGAUUACCGUUUUUAUUGACUAAUCCGGUAGCAUACAUUCGUGGAGCCUUUGAUUUGGGGCGAGUGUUCCUGUUUCAAUGGACUGUGAACUGGCGUUUCUUGCCGGAAUCCAUUUUCCUGAGUGGUUACUUUCAUUUGGCUCUUUUGAUUCUCCAUCUGGCCCUAUUGGCCUGCUUCUAUGAUACUUCCAUGUCAUACCUCCAAGGGUAUGCUCGCCUCCGCGCAAUUGAAGGCGAUGUUCGGAAGCAACUCAAAGGCCGCACAGAGACCGUAAACAUGGACAGUGUGUCGCAACUGCUUCUCCUUCCUCUGUUCUUGGCAAAUUUUGUGGGGGUGGCCUGCAGUAGAUCGCUACAUUACCAGUUCUAUGUAUGGUAUUUCCAUAGUAUUCCAUACCUCUUGUGGGCUACACCUUACAGUGCCGUCUUCCGAUUGUGUGUGAUGGGUGUUAUUGAACUUUGUUGGAAUACAUUUCCGUCUACCAUCUACAGCAGUGCUGCUUUACAUGUUUGCCAUGUAAUUAUAUUGUAUGGACUGUACGGAAACAGAUAUCGACCACAAUUGAAGCAAAAAUCAACAUAAAGUGGAAUGUACUCCAUCAGAAAUUUCUGUAAAAGGAUUUGAACACUUGUUCCAAUUAAUGAGGAAAUGAAAUAAUUUGAAGAUGGAAACUGAAGUCAACUUCCUGCAGUGCCUCAAUUUUUUUAGAUAUCCUUGUGAACACCGUAUGAGUGUGUGAAUCUGUGUUGGCCAGACAAUAAGAAUGUGAAGUUUUCUUUUUUUUGAUGAAUUGAUAUAAACCAAUGAAUGCAAUAUUGUUUCUGUACCUCAAACCUGUAGUGUGAAGUAACAGCUCCCAUUUAUCUUAACAGGAAUAAAUACUGGAACUACCAAAUGUUUAUUAAUUUUUUGUAAAUGAUAUUUGUGAAGUCAUAACUGUCAGUAAAUGUAAGUCAGCUGUUAUGGUGUCAUCCAAUCAGGAGCUUAAAUAUCACUACAGUGACAUCACUACGGUGAUUG